AUGCUUAAUUUUUUUUUAUCAAUGUCAACCAAUGCCCCAUCAUCUACUCGUGAAAUCUCUGCUUUUGCAAAUGCAAAAAUCGAUUGGAAAGAGACCCCACAAGAAGUGGACGUUCCGGGGAUAAAGAAAGAGGAAGUGAAAGUUGAAGUGGAAGAAGGAAGGAUUUUACAGAUUAGCGGUGAGAGAAGCAGAGAGCAAGAGGAGAAGAAUGAUCAGUGGCACCGUAUGGAGAGGAGUAGCGGUAAGUUUAUAAGGAGAUUCAGACUGCCGGAGAAUGCAAAGACGGGAGAAAUAAAGGCAGCGAUGGAGAAUGGGGUGCUCACUGUGACUGUUCCUAAAGAAGAAGAGAAGAAACAUGAAGUGAAGGCCAUUGACAUUUCUGGUUAA